UUUCUUCUUCUUCAUCUUCAUCUUUUUUUUCUUGUAUGUGAAUAUUGCAAAAAAAAUCUACACAAGUUUAUGUUUCCCCUUUAUUCAGAUUCUUUUUUGAAUGAAUGUUAAAUUUUAUUCAAUCAAAUCUUUUAGUACAUCAAGUGCAUCUUUUUCCUAUUGUUUAAAGAAUCAAAGAAUAGAAAGUUUAAAAACUGAAACUAUCCGUCUCUUAUAACUAAAUAUUUUAAAAUUUCAAAGGCAAAUAUUACCCCAAGUAUGGUCCCGGCGGGGUUCAAACCCGCGACCUUCGGCUCAUAAGACCAACGCUCUAACCAACUGAGCUACGGGACCUUGCCUAUUCAGAUUCAACUUUUUCUUCUCAAUUUAAUACUUUCAAAUUCGUUUUGCAUGAUUCAGUUUUUUUUUUUGGAAAAAUAUGAUUCAAGUUGAUGAUAGUUAAAAAAGGUUGAAGAUAGUACUUAUGCAUACUCAUGUUUCAAAUUUUAAUUAGUUCUACAACAAAGUUCAGAGCUUCAUCGACUGAGGCAACAAUACUUGAGUGUUUACAAAUUGUGUAUUUACAAAUCCGUUUGUUAUUGUUAAAUUAUUUUGAAAUAUGUUUUCUUAUAGCAUAACAGAAAUCUGUUUAUGAGUCUUUUUAUCAACUUAUGAGUCUAUCAUAUCCAAAUUGUCGAUUGCAUAGGAAAAUGAUGGACAAAAUCCCAAAACAUCUUAUUUUAUUUUAACUAGCCAUUUAUCUUUCUGUUGGGCUUCAUAUAAAGAUCUUUGAAUCAAUAUUUUCAACAAUUCUUUUAUAUAUACUAAAGCGCAAGUUCCCUGAAGAAUCAGAAUCACACGUGACAUAUAUAAAAAUGUUAUUAAUAAAAAAUGAAAAUUGAUUUAUCCUUGGACAAAAGAAAUCCAAAUCCAUAAAUUUUCUCAUAUCAAGUUCAAAUUAACUUCCAAACUACUCCCAAAGAAAAGUAACUUCCGAACUUGACAUGAUUUAAAUCAUGAGUUUGAACUUUAUAUAUAACUUGCAAGCAAUUAAUUCCAUCUCUCUUUUAUAUAUGUCAUAUCGUUUCUUCUUUGUUUUUUUCUCUCUUAAUGUCGUUUCUUAUUCUUCUUCUUCAUAUUUUUGUGUGUGUGUGAGUAUACCAAAAAAUCCAUACAAGUUUAUGUUUUCCCUUUAUUCAGUUUCAACUUUUUCUUCUCAGUUUAAUACUUUCCAAUUCGUUUUGCAUGAUUCAUGUUUUUUUUGUUUGGAAAAUAUGAUUCAGGUUGGUGAUAGUUAAAAAAAAAGGUUGAAGGUAGUUUUGAAAAAUUAUUGAGAUCUUAAUAUUUUAAUUUUGAAAUUUGUAUUGAUAAAUCCUACAUUAAAAGUUUUGUGAUUAACGAUUUAAUUUUUUCUUGCAGCAAAUAUACAAUUGUUAAUAAAAUCAUAUGAGUAGGAAGUGUCAAUAAUAAAUAUUUAUAUUAAAAAUAUACUAUAUAUAUCUAUGUAAAUAUCACUAAAGUUUAAAUUUAUAUAGCAUAGAAAUAAAAUCAUUGUUUUGAUUUAUUUACCAAAAACAUGAUUGUAAAUAAACAAAACGUAUUGAUUUUGAUUUAUGUGCUUACUCUAAUGUAUGUACUUUAAUGUAUACAAAUUAUUUUUUAAAUGUGUGGUUUUUAAUAUAUUAUUUGAUUUUGACAAUCCCAGAAAUACAAUUCUUCAAAUCAAAGUGAUUUUUAAUGUUAUAUAUAUAUAUAUAUAUAUAUUAUUUCAUUCAGAUUAAAUAUUUUAGUCUUGAUUUUUUUCACAAAGAGAUUUUAAUGAAAUAUCAUGACAAGAUUCUAAUCACCUCCUUUUGAUUUGUUCGAAGAAUUAAAGAUUUGAUCAUUUGUCUAAUAUAUGUAUCUCCCUAAUACCCUAUCUAGUUAUUUUAAUUCUAAGUAUAAAAGUUUUGAACGAUUUAUUAUAAUUUUUAUGGUUUAUCAUUUAAUAAAUCAAUCAGUUCAAACUUUAUACAUAGUUUACAUAUACUAGAAUGCUAAAAAAAAAAUUUUUUAUUGGUAUACUCUAAGUAACUAAACAUCAAAAGCAUAUGUUAAUAAAAUAAAUAAUUGAUUGUGUUGUUCUAGAAUUAGAUGAUUUAUAUACUGGACAUACAUUUAUAUUUUGAGUCUACACUUAUAUAUUAUAUAAAAGCUUGAUAUAUUAGAUUUGAACACUAACAUGUGAAUAGAGUUUGCCAGUGAUUUUCUUCAAAAAUUUGAUUCUUAGAUAUGUAUUUGGAAUGAAACUAAUUUUUACAGAUUUCUAUCUUUUUAAAUUGACACUUAUGUAAUUCACCAAUUCAUAGAAGAAGUUAACAAACAAACUCAUAUAAGUGAAACAAAAAUGAGAACAAAAACACAAUUUUAUAGAGGUAGAAAAUGAAAUCACUUAUGAAAAAUCAAUAGUAAAAAAAUCGAGAUGUUGCCCUAUCUGGGUUUUGUGAUCAGUGUCAGCGGCAAAACUUAAUUUUCUUUUGUACAUAUGAAGUCUUAAAAAUAAUUAAAAUGAGUUGUAAUACGUUAACUCUCCAACAACGAUGAUACAUUUAAAAGACCAACAUUGUAUUCGUCAUUUUACAAUCGAUGAAGAUUGUAGUGUUGCAAAAUGUUAAAACUAUUUAAUGUACAAACAUUAGUAUAACAAAUUUCACCCCACGCAUGCGCGCAAGUUAUCAUCUAGUAUCCAAUGUAUAUAUAUAUAUAUAUUAUUUUUUUUGAUGACCGUGGGGUUCCCAGACGGUAAGCCCAGACUAAUCCCCACGAGGCCUUCCAUCCGGGCACGCACGGUUAUAGGCGGGAAGGUGGCCAAGGCGACUCGAACCCAGGGCGGGCACUCCAGCCGGAGUUCCAAUACCACUAGGCCAAGAGCUCUUGCUUAGUAUCUAAUGUAUAUUAUUCGUAGAUUAACUUAUAAGCAUUUACACUGACGUCCAACUUGUAGUCUAAGUUUUAAAUCAAUGUAUGUUGAUUUGGCUAUAAAUUACUAUUGUGUUUAGAAGUCCAAAUCUAAGUUAUAUUUUUGGAAAUUGUAUUAUAUGUGUAUUUACAUGUUAUGCAUUUAGAUAUUAAUAAAAGUGUAAUUAUAUGAAUGUGGAUUCAUAUAAGAUCAGUCAAGUUUUACCUUUAAAUUUAUGUCAUUAAAAGAUCAUCUAUUUGUAUUUGUCAAAAAGGCUAAAAACAUUUCAUAUCAAACACGUAUCUUCAUUGGCAUCAUCCGGUUAGUAUUGGGAUUAUUUGAUUUAUUUAUUUCUUUAUUUUUUUUUUGAUUAUUUGAUUUAUUUACAAUCAGAAUGCUUGCUUUAGCCAAGCGUGUUAAAGCACAGACGCAUGAAGCUUAAAUUUACAUAUGCAAUACAUUAUUUUCCACUUUGCACGGGAAGCGUAUGCAUACAUAGUGACUUUCGAAGAAACUAGUUGUAUAGUUGAUUACAGUGUGUUGACAAAUUAUUUUGAAAUAAAACGGUUAGCUAGACAUUUCUUUAUCUACUUAUAUUUAUACAGCAUCACCCCAUAAUUUGUUUGGGAAUAUUAUUUGCGUUCUAUAAACUAAGCAACUAAUGUUUUUCUCAUGCAAGCUAAUUUAAACAAUGAAAACUUUGGAUUGAAACUUGUAUGUUUUCUGGUUAUGAUAGAAAGACUUUCCAAACAAAAUUAAAAUCUUAAUUUUUUUAGUAUUUUUCUUUUGAAAGCCAAUAUCACCCAAUAAAACUAUCUACACACUACAAAAGAAAAAGAAAGAAUAUUCAAUACACACUACAAAAGAAAAAGAAAGAAUAUUCAUUAUACAUCAUCUAAAACAAAAGGAAUAUAAAAAUUUGAUCUAUUCUCAUGAUAUACACACUACAAAAGAAAAAGAAAGAAUAUUCAUUAUACAUCAUCUAAAACAAAAGGAAUAUAAAAAUUUGAUCUAUUCUCAUGAUUCACUUUACUCUUUUUACCCUCUCCACCACUUCUCUCAAAAACUAGACACACCUUCGUCUUCCCCUCUCCUCACUCUCUCUCUCAGAUAACAAGAUGAUAACGGCGACGGACUUCUACCACGUCAUGACGGCGAUGGUUCCAUUAUACGUAGCCAUGAUACUCGCAUACGGCUCCGUCAAAUGGUGGAAAAUCUUCACACCAACUCAAUGCUCCGGCAUCAACCGUUUCGUCGCUCUUUUCGCCGUCCCUCUCCUUUCAUUCCACUUCAUCGCCGCUAACAACCCUUACGCCAUGAACCUCCGCUUCCUCGCCGCAGACUCCCUCCAGAAACUCAUCCUCCUCUCCCUCCUCUUCCUCUGGUGCAAACUCUGCCCCAACGGCUCCUUGGACUGGACCAUCACCAUCUUCUCGCUAACCACUCUCCCCAACACUCUAGUCAUGGGGAUACCGCUCCUCAAAGGCAUGUACGGCGAGUUCUCCGGCGAACUCAUGGUCCAAAUCGUUGUACUUCAGUGUAUCAUAUGGUACACUCUCAUGCUCUUCUUAUUCGAGCACCGCGGCGCAAAAUUCUUGAUCUCCGAGCAGUUUCCCUACACAGCUGGUUCUAUUGUCUCGAACCAUGUUGAUUCAGACAUUAUGUCGUUGGAUGGUCGGCAGCCGCUUGAGACUGAAGCUCAGACUAAAGAAGAUGGGAAGCUUCAUGUCACUGUUCGUCGUUCUAACGCCUCGAGAUCUGAUAUAUUCUCGACGAGGUCUCAAGGCUUGUCAGCGACUCCUCGGCCGUCCAAUCUCACCAACGCUGAGAUUUAUUCGCUUCAGAGCUCACCUCGUGGCUCGAGCUUUAACCAUAGUGAUUUUUACUCGAUGAUGGCUGGUGGCGGUGGUGGUGGUCGGAACUCUAACUUCGGUCCCGGAGAAGCUGUUUUUGGUUCCAAAGGACCCACUCCACGGCCGUCUUACGAGGAAUUUGAAGAAAAUAUUUAGGAAAAUAGUUAUCAUAUAAGGGUACAUUUGAAAAGUAAUAUCAAUUCCGUGGUAAAAUUGAAGUUCUCUAAAAAAACCAUGACACUUUUAUAGGGGUAUAAAUGCUCUGUAAUAAUCACAUAGCUUUAAAAUAGAACAUAUCAUCAUAUGAGGAGUUAUGAUAUACGGUUUCAAAACAUCCUUCAAAUUUAACAAAGUUCGAACAACACAAACUCUGUGCGACUUGAGCAUUUGCACAAUGACAAAAAAGCAUUUUCACAAAGAGCAUGUUAGCCUUGGCUUUUCAUAAUACUCUGUAGACAUAAUCCGAUUCCGAAUUGUUUUAUCAAUGAGACGAGCUAAGUGGUUCACAGGGCGAGAGGUCGGGUUGUGUCUCCGUUCAUUCAUUUCUCUCCAAAUGUAAUAGAUAAAAACUUGAAAAGCUAGCCUUAUCAGAAUAGAUGUGAGUAAGUCAUGUCUUAUCCUGCAUGAAGCUGAUUCACAUUUUUGAGCAUUUUUCUACUAUUAAAUUCUAUCUUGUCUCUCAAUAGUCAAUACUAGUAAAUUUUAGUAAAACAUUUUGAGCAUUUUCUAAUCAAAAUAUUUUGAAAAGAUUUUACUUGAAAAAUUACUUAUUAAGCCAUUUUUAUCAGUGGAUGCCAAAGGAAAAAAAAAAGAAGCCAUUUUUAUCAGUGGGCUGAGAGAACCGUCGUACCAUUAUCCACCCAUAGGUUUUGCUUGACAAGGUCAAAAGUAUAAUAUUUCCUUUGCCCAUUUACAAUCAUCCAUCAGAAGCCUGGUUGGGUGGGCUUCAACUUCUGUAAAAGAAGUUUACUUCUAAAGAGUUAUGAAAGGAUAAUAGGUUUAUAGGCCGAUUCUAAAGCUCAAUUUUUGGUGGAAAAAUUUGGUUACUUCUUUUGAAGGUCUAUACAAAUAAGCUGAUUUUCGAAAGAGUUAUUAAAGGAUAAUAGGCUUAUAAGAUUUGUAGAAAAUAUUUUCUUUUCAACUUCAAUAACUUUGAACUCUUAAAACUACAAACCUAGUUAGCUAAUCAAAUAUAAUAAAACAAAAAUUAAAAUUGUUUCUACGUCCCAUGUCACCGGCUAAAAAACACAUGUUGGGACUAUGAUCAGACCACGAAUUUUGGGUGGUAAUUUUUCAGAAUUUCUGAAAGCAUUUCAAACGCGAU